AUGAACAGACACUCCACGGUCACGCACAUCACUCCGCUCCCAUCGUCACACGUCUCGCGCGAAUCUGUCCUUGCGCUUCUCCACGAUCACUCAGCCAUAAUCACAUUGAACCCUUUAGUUACGCACCACGCCCGUUGCGCACCCCCGUCGCACGCCUUGCCCGACGAACUCGACUCGGCCUGGUACGAGAUAACCGACAGAAUCGAGUAUGUGCCCGGCACCGGACUAACCGUUGACGUAACCUAUACCGCCUGCAUGCACGACAUCCCCAAUGGCCUCCAAACACACGUCCACGCUCCAGCCGGUCUGGAGAUGCGCGGCAAAUGGCAGCUACUGGGCUGGCUGCCGGGCGAGGAACGCUCCGCCUUCGAAAUCGGCGCCGAACAGCACCAAAUUCCGAAAGAAGGGCUCUACUUGCGCGAAGACUGCGAGAUGAAGUGCAAUGUCCUUCUGACCCCGUUUGUGAAGAGAAACAUCCAGAAAUCGCAUAAGCUGCUGGUCGAGAAACUCGUGGAACGGGCAGGCCACUUGACGCUGCGCCAAUCUCUGCAUAUCGUCAGCUCGCAAAGCAAUCUGAGACAGUUGUCCACGGGCAGUUCCAGUGAAUCAGCGUCGAAAUGGAGUCAUCAUCAAGAACAUGUGGACUGUCUCGAAACACCGGACAACGCCUCACAAAAAUUCAAUGAGCAGCGACAACGAGCCGCGCUCCAGUGGCAGGCCAAUAGCUACUCGGUGUCUGUGACGGGGGGCAAACAGCGGGAGCGAGCAGCAGCGUCGCAACCGUCGCUUAUUGACCAUAAUUCUGCCUCGUUAACGAGGAGAGGUCGUUCCCAGUCUCCUGCUUAUUCUCUCGUCAAGACGUCGCUAGGGUCGUCGAAACGGUGUCCCUCUGAAGGCGCUUCUCGGCGUCGUAACGAGUCGCCUGCCUCGUUUCCGUCGAGUGCUUCUUCGCGAGGUGCAUCGCGGGCUCGAUCGUCGUCGUGGAGGAAGAGGAUGGGAAGGGAUACUACGCCGGAUAUUGGCGAGAUGGCGAGCUAG